ACCACCUGCUUUCACCUGAAACCCCAGAAGGAGAAGUUCCCUCCCAGCAACUUCCUCCCUGGCUAGAGCAUCUCUUCCCAGCUGUCUCCAAGCGUCAGGCCCUCCCCAUAAAUAGAGGAGGUGAGGGAGGACAGGAAGGCUGCUUCAUCCCAUUUUGGAGGCUCCCGGCCAUACUGUGCAGAAAACCCAUGCCCAAAAGGAAAGUCAUUCCCUUGUUGGAGAAACUAUGCCUGGAGAAUGUGGUUACAAAUAUGAAAAGGCUAUGGGUUAAGGUUUACUUGAUGAAGUUACUUGAUCCCAGGAAUCGCGACCAUGACACUAUCACAGGACCCUUCAGCAUGCUGGCCGGCUCCCUUCUCCAGGAACUGCUUGAGAUCAUGCGAGAGAGAAGACUUCUGACCCCAUUUAUACUUCACAAUCUCCUUUUGCCACAACUAAAGUCACUGAAUUUGAAUUAUUGCUCAUCUUAUGUUGACAACACUCUUGCUCACACCAUCACAGUACGCUGCAAGAAUCUUUCCUCGCUGACUCUUUGUCACUGCGACCAGAUCCCUGCGGAUACUUUGGUUGAGCUUGUGAAAGCUCUGCCAUGCCUCACCAAACUACACCUUUCAUCCACCCAGUGCAACACACAAGUACUUUCCGCUAUUCGCUCUUUCUGUCCUGAAAUUAAUGAACUGGACAUCAUCAGCUGUAAGAAACUAUCUGCAGAUUCCCUCCUUCACUUGGUCUAUGACCCUGUUGCAAGAUCGUACUGUUGCCAGUCAUUGCAGAGGCUCAGAGCUGAAGGACUGACGCCCACCACUGACUUGCAGAGCUUGCUUUCGGUUCUGGUCUUUGUGCUUCUAGCAUUGCCCAAGCUGAAAUAUUUUUUUCAUAAUUUUGUUCCAAAAGCUGUAUGUCUGAUCUAUGACCAGGAAUUUCAUGGUGCCCAGAUGCCUGCUGGGUUUCCAUCCCUGGAGGAAGUGGCACGGUACAGGACAUCUACUCACCCAAAUGAGGAAAGUGGCAGAUUCACACUUGCCCUCAGGAAAAUUGAUUGGAUGCUGUUUUCCUUGUUGCCUAAGAUCGGUGCUGUGUGCCCUCACCUCUUGGAAAUCACCAUGAUUCUUAGAGACAGCUGGGACUUGGAUCCACACGUCUUGCCAUGGCACAAUCUUACCCAUGUCACUUUUUGUUCCGAUGAAAGGAUGGACUUGAAGGAGCUCUUACCUGUGACAGCUAACAUUGGGCCUCAAUUUAAAUAUCUUGCAGUGGAUGGAUUUAUCUUUAAAGAUGAGCUGACCCUCCACACCUUGCUGAGCCAUUGCCCAAAUCUCUUGAAAUGUAUGUUAUUCCUCCCCUCUCCAGAGAGAAAUGAUCGUCAGAGUCAGCAACAGAAUGAAGCCAGAGCAAGGAACUUGUGCUUUCCUCCUCUCCAGUUCCCUGAGCUUGUAAGCAUUUGCCUGGUGUACAAUGAUUUAGGUAAUCCACUGCCUUCUCUGUAUAAAGUGGUUUUGGGAAAUAUCAUUGAAUCAGUGUUCAAAUAUUCUCCAUGCCUGGAGAUCUUGCAUCUAUUCUGCCUGCCUUUCUCUCUGGAUGAGGCAUUUCAGAAAGCACUAACACCGCCUAGUACUGCCUUGCAAAGUCUUCGGGAGCUUGAACUGGUUCGGGCCCGGAUAUCAAUUCACACCAUCAACUUGCUGGUUUUCUCUGAGAAUCAGCUGAGUCUCAUCUCCUUGGAAAAAUGUUUCCAUAUAAGCCGGGUGGACUAUAAUGAGCUCCUCCAAAGAGUCAGGAAAGAGAACUUGGAAGUAGUUAUUACAAGGGAAUGAAAAAAACCCCAACCCUCUCCACUUGCUCGGAAUGGCAGCUCCAUUGCUCAUAGGGCCAGGACAGGAUGUUUAUUUUUUUUAAUAAAGCUUGUUUUAUACUAUUCAA